AUGUCACAACCGAAACGCAUUCAUCGCAUUCGCCAGCGCCUGGUCCGCUUCACCAUAAAGGCCACCUUGUAUGGAUCCUGGGUCCUGGGACUAUUUCCCUUCACCUUCGACUCGAGGAAAAGGCGGCUGUACCGCUCCAAGUGGCUUUUGGCAUAUGGCUUGGUGCUGAACCUAGGUCUGCUGGUUUUAUCCGUGAUGCCGGCCACAGAUGAUCACAACUCCGUCAAGGUGGAGGUCUUUGAGCGGAAUCCAUUGGUUAAGCAGGUGGAAGAGCUCGUAGAGGUUAUCAGUUUGAUAACCACACUGAUGACCCAUCUGCGAACCUUUUCGAGGAGCAGCGAACUAGUUGAGAUUCUCAAUGAGCUACUGGUGCUGGAGAAGCGUCACUUCAGUGAGCUCAUCCUAUUGGAGUGCCACAAAUUCAAUAGGUAUGUGAUCGAAAAGGGUCUUGUGGUAAUCCUGGAAAUCGCGUCCUCUUUGUUGAUCUACUUUGCAAUACCGGAUAGCAAGAUUGUUGUCCAUGAGGCAGUCUGUAUCUACAUUGUGCAGCUAGAAGUGCAAAUGGUGGUGAUGCACUUUCACCUGGCAGUGAUCUACAUAUACCGGUAUGUGUGGAUAAUCAAUGGACAACUGCUGGACAUGGCCAGUCGACUGAGAAGCGGAGACAGCGUGGAUCCUGAUCGAGUCCAACUGCUGCUCUGGCUAUAUUCUCGUCUUUUGGACUUGAACGCCCGCCUGGCCGCCAUUUACGAUAUUCAGGUAACAUUAUUUAUGGCCACCUUGUUUUCGGCCAACAUUAUUGUGGGCCAUGUGCUGGUCAUUUGCUGGAUCAACGUCACGAGAUUCUCCCUGGUCGUCAUGAUCCUGCUCUUUCCCCAAGCGCUGAUCAUCAACUUUUGGGACCUCUGGUUGGGAAUCGCCUUCUGCGAGUUGGCUGAGAGUACGGGCAAAAGGACCUCCCUGAUCCUAAAGCUAUUUAAUGACAUGGAGAACAUGGACCAGGAAAUGGAGCGACGAGUAGCUGAAUUCACCUUUUUCUGCAGCCAUCGCAGGCUCAAAAUUUGCCAUCUCGGAUUGUUCGAUAUAAACUAUGAGAUGGGCUUCCGCAUGAUAAUCACCAACAUUUUAUACGUAGUUUUCUUGGUGCAGUUUGAUUAUAUGAAUUUGAAAUUCAAAACAGAUGUUCAAUAA